AUGACUCCACAGCAGGAAUCUGCGCAGGAAAAGUUGGAGCGAUCCAAUCGCUUAAGCUUGAUACUCAGAAAGUCUAGAGUAUUAAAAAGCAUAAGGGGAUCGAUUCCAGAAUGUGAUAAAGCCAAGGAUUACCUAAAGGCCAUUGAGGAGCAGUUUGUCAGCUUUGAUAAAGCUUUGGCAAACACGCUGAUGAAGCGACUUUCGGGCAUCAAGUACAAUCGAGCCAAGGGUGUGCGCGAGCAUAUCAUGGAGAUGAGGAACAUAGCAGCUCAACUAAAGGCUUUAAACCUCAGUGAAGAGAUGAGGAUAAUGCUCCCGCAUUGCAUUCUCGAACUCCUAAGUAGCUUCCCGGUCAUCGUGGUUACUCCAACGAAUUUUAACAUACGGAAUCUCACGGAUAUGCUCGGGAUCAUGAAUGUACAUGCGGCGAUUCGAUACAUGGAACACGUCGUGUACUCCCGCAAGCCUCGGUGGUAG